AAUCAAUAAAGAACCUGAUUGUGAAAUUGUUAGUCAAUCGACAAUAGCCGCACGCGGCAGCAGGAGUUCUACAGCAAGCACGAAGGACGACAGCAAUGAGCGAAGGACGAGAGCGAUGAGUGUGUAGGCGGGGCCUGAGUGCAUACUUGGUGGGCGGUGCAAAGCAUUUGUGCAAAGUGCCUAGGCGCAUGUGCUGUGCUCCCAGAAGCACCUGCGGCGAUCCCAGAAGCACCCGCGGCGAUCCCAGAAGGACCUGCUUCUUCCGCUUCUGCACCUCAUUCUACUUCAGCACGCGUUUCUCCACAGACGUGCAUUUCUUCGGACUUGUGCUUUCCUCCUCUCAGCUUUUCUCUUGCAGCCUCUGGUCACCUAUCAGCUACCUAGUAGCCAAGAGCACUGCAAUUGAGACAGCCAUGUCCUCCGAGGAAAUUAUCUAUAUCAGCACAGAAAAUUCGGAGGUUCCUGCAGAUGCUUUGGAGCUGCAGCAGGUCAGUUUGGAGACUGUACCUGUAGAAACCACAGCGAUGCACAGCGUGGAGGUGUGCAGGGAUAACAGCGGCAGCUGGGUGCAGGGCCUCCACUGUGACCCGCCUUUCAUCUCGCUGCAGCCACUUGGCAUCAGCAACCUGAGCCAUGGAGAUCACGACCCGGAUAUGUUCAUGCUGCACACUGGAGAGGAGCUGGUGGACUGCCAAGACAUCGAUAGCCUGCUAGCCAUCAAUGACUUUGAGGGCCAGCUGGCCAUCCCAGGCGUCCCCGAAGAUGACUUCUUCCAGCAGACCCUGGCCUCACUGUCAGCCCCCACAGCAUUUGCAACUUUCGACCAAGACCCCAGUCUUCUCAAUGAUAGCACCCAUAGUGGGAAGCUUAGUGGCAGUGGUGCUGAGGUCAAGUUCGAAGCCGAAGUGGAGGCAGGAAGCAGCAGUUCCAGCCUGAAUCCCAAGACGUGGGAGCAGAAACAGGUGCAGAUCAAAACCCUGGAGGGUGAGUUCUCUGUUACCGUGUGGGCUGAAUGCGGGAAGAAAGAGGCGGAGGUGCAGUGCCAAGAACAGGCGAGAAGUUCGUCUCCCGACUACUCUGAGUACCUGAAAGGGAAGAAACUUCCUCCUGGAGGAAUACCUGGAAUUGACCUCUCCGAUCCCAAACAGCUGGCCGAAUUUACUAGAAUGAAACAAAAACCCAAAGAAGAUGGUCCAAGAACCAUUGCGUGCCCUCAAGCUGGCUGUGAGAAGAUGUUCAAGGAUAACUCGGCAAUGAAGAAGCACCUGCACAUCCAUGGCCCCAGGGUGCACAUGUGUGCCGAGUGCGGCAAAGCCUUCCUGGAAAGUUCCAAGCUGAAACGCCACCAGCUGGUGCACACCGGUGAGAAGCCCUACCAGUGCGUCUUUGAGGGCUGCGGGAAGCGCUUCUCGCUGGAUUUCAACCUACGCACCCACGUACGGAUCCACACCGGAGACCGGCCCUUCGUGUGUCCUUUUGAUGAGUGCACCAAGCGCUUCACCCAGUCGACCAACCUGAAGUCGCACAUGCUGACCCACACCAAGAACAAGGGCCGCAGCAGCGAAGGGAAGAAGGGAGGCCCUUCCCGCACCUGGCAGAAGUAAAUGUGACUCUCCUACAUGGUGCCUGGGAAAGGCUUCGAAAAUGAAUUCUGUGAGUCUAAGUGUCAGUCAGGGAAGCUGAAAGUUAAACGUUAAAAAGAAAGUAAACCUUUAUAUGGGAGAAUGUUGCUUAGGUAGCCUGUGGGGUUGGGUAAUGGUGUUUUGUGUGAAAUUUAGUUUCAACAGGACAGUAAUUGACAAACUUCACAUCAAAAGACGGUUCUUUACACAACUAGGUUAAAAAUGGGACUUUUCGCGUUCUUACAAAGUUCAC